AUGUCUUUAUUCCAUCUUCUUGUUGUAUCUCGUUCUCUUCCUUUAUGGCUUUCAUUUUGUCUCAUCUUCUUGGUAUUACUCGCGAGACCUCAAAAGGAAGCUUUACAAGUUAAAGUGGGAAUUGUUCUAGACACUAAUGUGACAUUAGCAGAUUUGAGCUUACAAGCUAUCAACAUGUCUCUGUCGGAAUUCUAUAAUACUCAUAAUGGCUUCAAGACAAGGAUUGCCCUCGACAUCCGUGAUUCCAAACGAACUGUUGUUGGUGCUGCAGCUUCAGCUUUAUACUUGAUAAAAAAGAGAGAAGUGGUGGCCAUUAUUGGACCAGGGAAUUCAAUGCAAGCUCCAUUUUUGAUCAACCUCGGAAAUCAGUCUCAAGUUCCCAUAAUCUCAUUCUCUGCAACAAGCCCGCUUCUCGAUUCCCUCCGUAGUCCAUAUUUCAUCAGAGCCACACACGACGACUCAUCCCAAGUUAACGCCAUUAGUGCCAUCAUAGAGUCAUUUAGAUGGAGAGAAGUUGUGCCUAUUUAUGUAGACAAUGAGUUCGGAGAAGGUAUUCUUCCUUACUUAGUUGAUGCUUUUCAAGAGAUUAACGUUCGUAUCCGAUACCGAAGUGCCAUAUCAUUACAUUCCUCUGAUGAUCAAAUCAAGAAAGAGCUCUACAAACUAAUGACCAUGCCCACUAGGGUUUUUAUCGUGCACAUGUUGCCUGAUCUCGGGUCGAGGCUAAUCUCCAUUGCGAAAGAGAUUGGAAUGAUCAGUAACGGAUAUGUAUGGAUUGUUACAAAUGGUAUAGCUGAUCUCAUGAGUUUAAUGGGCGAAUCAGGCUUGGAGGACAUGCAUGGUUUUUUGGGUGUCAAGACAUAUUUUUCAAGAUCAAAGGAGCUAAGUUAUCUUGAAACUCGUUGGCGAAAAAGAUUUGGAAGAGAAGAGCUAAACAAUUUUGAAUGUUGGGCUUAUGAUGCUGCCACAGCACUUGCAAUGUCAAUUGAGGAAAUCAGUCAGGUAAACAUGAGUUUCAAUAAGACCAAGACAAACACUUCAAGAGAAGAUUUAGGCACUGACCUAGAUGAUCUCCACGUUGCUCACUCUGGUCCCAAGCUUCUUCAAGCAUUGACGACAGUCAGUUUCAAAGGUGUUUCCGGGAGAUUUCAGCUAAGAAACGGAAAGCUAGAGGCCAAGACUUUCAAGAUAAUCAAUAUAGAGGAUAGCGAGGAAAGAACGGUUGGAUUUUGGAAAUCGAAAGUAGGGUUAGUGAAGAGCCUAAGAGUGAAUCAAACAGGCACUAAAAUAGCGCACAGCUUGCACCGCCUAAGACCGAUAAUAUGGCCUGGGGACACUACUUUUGUGCCCAAAGGCUGGGAAUUGCCAACAAAUGCGAAGAAGCUGAGAAUAGCAGUUCCAAAGAAGGAUGGUUUCAAGAAUUUUGUGGAGGUAACAAAGGAUGCACACACUAAUGCUCUAACAAUCACCGGCUUUUGCAUAGAUGUUUUCGACACGGUAAUGAGACAAAUGCCAUAUGCUGUCCCCUAUGAGUACAUCCCCUUUGAAACUCCUGAUGGAAAAUCGCGUGGAAGUUACGAUGAAAUGGUUUACAGUGUGUUUCUUGGGGAGUUUGAUGGAGCUGUAGGGGAUACUACAAUCUUGGCUAACCGGUCAAUAUAUGUCGAUUUCGCAUUGCCAUACUCAGAGACUGGCGUUGUUUUCGUGGUGCCGGUCAAGGAUGAGAAACAGAGAGGAGAAUGGGUUUUCUUAAAGCCUUUAACAAAGGAGCUCUGGUUUCUCACUGGUGCAUCUUUUCUCUACAUUGGAAUGAUGGUUUGGCUUUUCGAGUACCAAGCAGAUAAAGAUUUCAGGGACAAGAAGAUAAUCGACCAAAUAUCUAACGUGUUCUACUUCUCAUUUUCAACCUUGUUUUUCGCACACAGGAAGCCAUCAGAGAGCUUUUUCACAAGGGCUCUUGUUGUGGUUUGGUGCUUUGUGUUGCUAAUACUGACUCAGAGCUACACAGCGACGCUGACAUCAAUGUUGACGGUUCAAGAGCUUCGACCAACCGUGAAACACAUGGAUGAUCUGAAAAAGACCGGAGUGAACAUUGGAUAUCAAAAGGGUUCGUUUACAUUCGAAAGGCUGAAACAAAUGGGUUUCGAUGCGUCGAGGUUAAAGAUUUACAAUUCUCCUCAAGAAAUGCGUGACCUUUUUCUUAACAAGAGCAGCAAUGGCGGGAUUGAUGCUGCUUUCGAUGAAGUCGCUUAUAUCAAGCUUUUCAGGGCUAAAUAUUGCUCAGAGUAUUCCAUCAUCGAGCCUUCCUUUAAGGCUGAUGGCUUUGGCUUUGCCUUUCCAUUAGGAUCCCCGCUGGUGUCUGAUAUUUCAAGACAGAUCUUGAACAUUACAGAGGGAGAGACCAUGAAAGCUUUGGAGAACAAGUGGUUCAUUGGAGAAAAACAUUGUCUACAGUCUACCAUAUCAGAUUCUCUAAUCCAGCUCGAUCACCACGCCUUUAAAGCUCUAUUUCUAAUCGUCUUUGUUGUCUCGUUAUUUCUAAUCUUGUUCAUGUUAGCUCAUAGAAGAUACAAAGAAACACAAGGCAACGUGAUCGACGAAGCUCCAACCAAUCCGCCAAGCGAUGGGCAUGAAGGCCAAACCGAUGGACGACGGGAUAGUGUGAAUGUCGCGGGAGCGGAAGUCAAUGAAGAAGAUAAUGUUGGAGGUCGAGAUGGAGCAGAUAAUAAUGAGCACUACAUCUUGGAAGUCAAGGAAGAAGGUAACGGUGGAGGAGAAGAUGUCGCAGAUGAUAAUGUGGGUAAUAUUGUGGAAGUGGCGCCAGCUCUUGUGCAACUACAAGAUCCACAGUCACCACCACCAGGCUUAACUCGCCGUCGCGGUAAAAAUGUCGUAUCAAGGACUAAUUUACCCUUACCAAAAGUUGUGCCACCUUCGAGGAUGAAUUCGGUAUAAUCCGGGUUCCGGCCGUAAAUUCAGUUUGAGCUUUGAACUCUCUAAAUGCACUCCCCUGAGUAUUGUCUUUAAACAAUAUGGAACUCUUCUUGACCCUAUUUGUCAAGAGUGAAAAGCGUAUGUUGGUAGAUGUUUCAUGCAUAACUAACCUCUAGGUUUCACACUGACUAGUUUGCAUUCACUUUUCUUUCAGGUUAUAGAUAUCCAAGUACAGAUUUAAGCGAAAUUGCAAACCAAAUGUUGCUUUUGCUCUGACCUUCCACGUGAAACCUGUUGGCAAGUACAAAAUUAACGUUGAGGAUUCCUAGCAACAUUCAAUGAUUAACCCUUUGCAAUUUUAACUAAAGGAACAACCAAUAACCAAGUCAACACUAAACCCUGAGAUUUAAAACAUAACAAAUCUCUUGUACAAUAAACAGGACAGCUCUGAACUGUGUGCUUUGGAGAGUAGCUGAAUCUCAUUUUU